GUCUCGAACAAAUAUGCACAUACUUAAUAUAAUUUUUUCUCUCAAUUGGAUCCCUUGAAUUAAAUUGUUGUGUAAUUAAGUGUAAUCGCGAUUUAAGAAGACAAUGACGGAGAACGUGUACGUUAUCAAAGUGAAAACAAAACCACCGCUGUCAUCUCUAUAUCCAUCAGAGCGUCGUUAUUCAGCGUCAACAGUUGGCGGACUGUCCUUGGUCCACUUCGGUCUCGGAACGCUGUCCCUCCUCCUGGGCACUCUCGCCUUGUCCUUGCAGGGCCCGAUUUUGUUUGUUGCAUGCCUAGUGCCGUUCGUGACAGGUCUUCUCGCUUGGCGACGUUGGUACAUCGACCGGAACAUCGCUGUUUUCUUCUACGGUAACCUCUUCUCCCUGGUAGCAGCGAUCCUCUGCUUCAUCGUCACGAUCUUCGACGUUGCGGCAACUUCCACCAGCACCAAUGGAUUUGUAUGGCCAUUGGAGAAAAUCCUUGAUGCUCCGCAUUAUUCUCCUCAUCCUUCCAAGGAUCUUACAAAUGAUACUUACGCGGAUAUUAUGUCGACCGAAAAUCAUUUAUUCAACUUCACUGAAGAUUAUGAUUUUUUGAAGAUUAAUUCUAGUAAAUUACCUGUUGCAUUCAAAUCUCCCAACAUCGAGUUUAACACAUCGGAUUUUUAUAUUAAUGCUAAAAAUCACAAUGAUCCCACAAUGACGGAAGCGUCGUUCAUAUUUGAAGAAAGGAUGAUGAUAUCUAGAGAAAUUUUCCAGAAUAAAAACACAAUGAACAUUACAGAAGGAUCAAUGAAUUUGACGAAGGAAAAAACUGAGACCUUCCGGCACAGCCAUUUUGAGAACUCCAUGCAUACCAGAAUGCUGCUGACUUUAAACGUCUUGAUGGCUUCUCUUUUGGAGAUCUUCUGGUCGUUACUAAGCGCAAAGAUUGCGUUUUGCGGAAUGAUGAAUCAACUGCCGGAGAACGGUAAUGUCAUUGUCAAAUCAAAGACGACGCGGUUACCACUGCAAAAGAGAAAACCGCCAGCACCCAAACCGGACAUCUUGGAUCACGAUCGUCGGCUGUCGGAAGCUCUUCAGAAUUUGCAAGGACUCGCUGAUAAUGAUAUCGGCCCGCGAUUACCAUUACCGGAAUCUAAUAGGGAAUUUAGGGAAAGAGUUGAGAGAUUCUUAGAAAAUCAAGCAAUGGAUAGAGUUGUUGAAGGUGCUUGA